GUACUGACGUAGAUUGAAAAUGCCUAUUUCUGGGACUGAAAGAUCAGGUUGCUUAAAUCUUUUGCAGCUUUUGAAAGAUUGGGAAAUAUUUUCACUAGCAGAUACUGUUACAAAGAAGCAAAUCGAUACUGCAAGGAGUAAAACAGAGGCUGUCAAAGCUAUUAUAUCUUUCUCCACGUCUGCAGAGGAGCUUCUAAAUAGACAAAAAAUCACCAGAGAUGUGCUCUUUAAGCAUUUGGUGACAAACAAUAUCAACCCUUCAGUCAAUAUAAGAAAACCAGAACUUAUUGCUGAGGUACUGAAGCUGUGGAGAAAAGAUUUACAGGUUCAGACAUAUGCUCCACAAUCUUCCCUUCUACCAACCCAGUCUUCCAGUGUUCAACCCGGUACUAGUCAAGUUCUCAAUGCAGUGAAGAUUGAAUCACAUGCAAACACCACAUACAGCCCUACAAUUAAUUAUGUCGUACACAACCAGUAUAAUAUGGUGAACGUCAACAGCUCCAGCAGUGCUGGUCCACCAGCUCAGUCUAAUCAUGAACUUCAGACUCUGGGAGAAACAUUUGCCCGCUGGUUCUUUGACGCAUUGAACUCUCAUAACCCUAGUAGAGGGGUACCUGUUCAGGAUUUUGGUCCCCAGCAUUUCCUUGAUGAUGCAGAGCUUUUCCUUCUCAAGCUUGGGGCUGUGGAGAACAGGGAAAAGUGUUCUGGCCACCAGGCUGUGUCUGACCGAUUCUUGGGAUUUGUAAAGGGAGAGAAUUUACUGUUUAAUCCUAAUUGUGAACAUGGUGGUAUAAUGGUGGAUACUAAUCCACAUGGAUUAGUAGUGGUGCUUGUAUGUGGAACUAUCCAUAGAGAAAACCAGUGCCUUGGUAUAUUUGAACAAAUGUUUGGACUGAUUAAAGAUCCACGCUUUGACAAUAAUUAUAAGAUCAAGAUUUCAAAGAUGAAACUCAGUGCUACCACAGUGUCACAACAACCAAAGCUAACAGACAAAUCACCUGAGGAAAUUCAAGACUUAGCUGCUGUGCAUUAGCUCUAUUCUCUGAGCAUUUACAAUCUUGUCCCUUGAUAUUACCAAUUUUGAUACCCUAUCCAUAGUUUGUGAUUGCUGUGCUUCAUGUAUAUGCAUUUAAAAGAAAGAGAGAUUCUAAACAAAAAAAGUAUAGUGAUUGAAGUAGAAUUGUUGCAAUUUAGAAAAUAAUUGACACAUAGAGAAAUACUGCAUUUUGCAGGUAGGAGAAGUCAAAGGAAUGCUGGCCAAAAUACAUGUAUACAUACAUGUCCCAUUGUCGAAGAGAGUUAAAUGUUAUUUUAAUUAUUCAGUUUUUGUCAUAUUAUUUAUUGACAAUUAUUAAUUUUGCUAUUUUAUUGAAACAUUUAUAGAAACAUGAAUCUGUUAUUUUAGGGACAUGUAUGAUUAAACAAAUAAUUCAAGAAAUAUAUGCUGUAACCUUUUAACUACAGUGCUAUGACAAUGGCGACAUUUCUGCUAUGUAGAUUAAUGAUCAAAUUACAGUCAAACCUCAUUAUCUUGAACUCAGUGGGACCAAGAAUGACAAAAUGCUUUGAAAUAUCUGAAAGUUCUAGAUAUUGUGACAAAAUUACAUAAAUAAAAAGUGAUUGGGACUCCCAACUCAUUUCAUCAUA